ACCUCCCUUUUCAUUUCCAAUAUAUUACACACAAAAAUAUGUUCCCCUCUCUCUCUCUCUCUCUCUCUCUCUCCCUCUCUCUGUGGAAAGGUAUCUGAUCUCUCUGCAUCCUUAAAUAAACAAGUUCCCAUUUUCACCUACUUUUUCCUCUAAUGCUUCAUCCCAAGAGAUCAAUCUGUUUACCUUCUUCGAUCUCACUAGUGGUAGCUAGUAGUAGUGUCUCUGCAAUUAGCUUUUGAUUCUUUAUCAACCCUACUAAUAGUAAAAGUCUCUCUCCCUCUCUAUCUCUAGACUCCAAUGCACAUCAUAAGUCACUCAUGUUAUAAUCACAACUCAUACCCUUCCUUUUCAGCUCUCCUCAUUUCCAUUCCUUCACCCCAUUUUUCUUGUUCUUUUCAAUUUUUCAUUUCUUUCCUUGUAUUUUCCUUCCACUACCUCUCUCUCUCUCUCUUUCUCUCGUGACCUUUGACUGAACUGAUUGUCCUUUAUUUAAUCUAAUUUUUCUAAGCUCAAGCCUCAAAACUGCAUGAGAAUGGGUUCAACUUUUCUUGAUCUCUCUUUGCAGAUCAGCCCUCCAUCCAUUACAGACUGUGAGAUCAAAUAUGUGGGCUAUGAUAAAUUGGAGAGAAAAUCAUCUUCCAUUAACCAAAGAUCAACGACAGACACCUGUAGCAGCGAAAGCGAUUUAAGCCAUGAGAAUGGACCCUUUCCCCCGGAGAAGGGUUUAGAUCAGGCUUGCAACGGAUGGCCGAAGUUGAGUUUAGGGUUUGAGAUGGUGGUUUUGAAUCCUCCACCAGUACAACUACCAAGAAACCUUCAGAACCACCACCAUUACAAUUACCAACCUCAAAUCUAUGGACAUGAGUUAAAGAGAAAUUCAAGAAUGUUUAAUGGGUUCAAAAGGAGUUUUAGAGCUCCCAGAAUGAGAUGGACUUCAACUCUUCAUGCCCAUUUUGUCCACGCAGUUCAGCUUCUUGGUGGCCAUGACAGAGCAACUCCAAAAUCUGUAUUGGAGCUGAUGAAUGUGAAGGAUCUAACCCUAGCUCACGUGAAGAGUCACUUGCAGAUGUAUAGAACAGUGAAGAGCACUCAUGACAAAGGUGCAGGUCAAGGGCAGACAGAAAAGGGUUUGAAUCAAAGGAGAGGGAUAAUUGAUCAAGUGGAUGCAGGAUUGUCUCGUGAGAAAGCUGUCAGUACAAUACCUUCUUAUUUUAUUAACUCAUCACCACCAAAACGUAAAGCCUGGAGAGAUUCGUGUUCAUCAAUGGAGACAAAUGAUUCUUAUUUCGGACUAAAUGACACUACCAAGGCAAAUGAUGAACGCCUGGCCGUCCAAUACUUGUCUGGAAGGGAGAAGGAAAGGUUGAAUAAUAGCUCCUUGUCUUCUUCUGAUGAUAUGUUGAUUAAUUUAGACUUUACGAUUGGAAGGCCAAGUUUGCAAAUGAAUCUUCAAAUGAGUUAACCUUCUUCUAAGUGUUAGACACUACUACAAGUAUAUUUAUAUAAUUGUUAAAUUACGUAGUUAUUAUGAGAAUGAGAGUGGUGCUUGAGGUGAUGGUAAAAUUGUUCCAUUAUAAUAUGAAAGUCAAGUUUCAAAUAAAAAGUAAUAUAUGUACAUUUAAUGUUCAAUCUGUAACCUUGUAAUGACGAAUGUCUUGUGCAUUGUCUACUCCUAAUUCUUAUGUUUUUAUGAGA